GUAAAGUAUUUCUUUUUAACGUGACCAGGGUGCGCAAGAACUGUGACCGAAGUGCGCGCCGAGGUGCGCAGCAGGUGUGAUUACAUCGGUUCAUUUGUCACGGAAGCAUUUUCCACGAUACGUUUCCUCAGGAAAUUUACGAUUUUUCAUGGGGUUCGUAAGUGAUCGAUGUCGUUCAAAAAUAAUUGACUCAAGCCGCGACGGAAUGCACAAAGAUAACGCAUCGGAUCAAGUGAACAAAGCUUCUGUAUUCGCAAAAGAAAUUCAUAGAGAAGAGGAGAAAAAAAAGGCACCGUUGUGGAUGAUGGAAAUGAAGAACUCUAGGCAUCUAUUGAAAUUUGUAUUCGCACUCAUCGUUCUGGCGAGUUGUGCGUCGCCUGCCUCUGCUGUAAAAAAUCGAGGCGUGGAAUAUCGGAGGAGUAGAAGCAGCAAUCUCAACCAUAAACACGGCGAAGCACCAUGGAUAAUCGAUGACAAGAAUUCAAGAAAAAUUGCUGCAGUUGCAACUGAAAGCGACAAACCCAGAAAAUCGAUCAGAAGAAGUAGACGAACUAGAGGGUCGAAUACAAAACAUCAGAGCAGACGUGAAUUGGGCAAGUCAAACUCUGGAAAGUCGAGCUCCGGAAAGUCGGGCUCUGGAAAGUCAAAUUCUAGUGGGUCUGGAGGCUCCGGAGGUUCAAGUGGUUCGAGUAGCAGCAAUCGUAGCUCGGGUGCAGGUUGGAGUGCAGUCGACGGAUCCUACUGUGGAUGCAUGUGCAUGUCUAACUACGCAACUUUUGGAAUCAACACCCAUGGUCUAAGCUGCGACUAUACCGUUGAUCAGAACAGUUAUGGUUAUGGCUUGAGGUAAGAGCAAUCACUGCGCGCAUGGAGCAAAUAUUUUCGGUCUUUCUUCGAUGGGUAACUCAAUCUCUCAAUUGAUGCAUCUCUUUUCAAAGAUCAACCAACAAUGGAAACGGUCAGCAAGAAAAAUAUGGAGAGUUCCAGUCAUUUUUUGAAUGGAGUGCUUGGAGUAACUGGCAAUCAGUCGAAGAGGAUAAUGAAUACUUCACGAAUUAUGGUUAUGAGAAACAAGCUAGAAACGGAGCAGACGAUACCUACAUUGAGUAUGAAGGAGACGAUGCUGGAAACGGAGAAGAUGACCACAACGACGAAGAAGACGAUGUUGAAGACGAGGGGAUAGUCGUGAGCGAAAUGGACUCUGGAUACGAUCCGUACAUGGCAUUCGAUGUAGGAAACUGUGAAACGUACGCGCAUCUCUGGACGUACGAUCUUUUAGUUUCUUGUGCAGACGGUGACCAACACUGCAAAUGCACAUUUACAGAAGAACUGAUGCGCAUGGGUCUGCUGUCCUGCUCGGACGAAGCAAGUUGUCCCGACGAAUGUGGUGUUUGCUCCAAUUGCAUUAAGAGUGUGUGUGGUCAGUUUGUCCCCAGCAAGCUAGUCACGGCAGAAAUCAAAAACAACUCUACGAUCAUUCUCUUAGUUAUCUUCAGCAUGGUACUGUUGCUGUUGACCACUUUUGCGGUUAUUCGUCGAAGAAAAAACAAGAAAGGUAUAUUGAACGAGAGCUUGAUGGAUACUGGAGAUAAAAAUUGGAUGGUGCCUGUAAACGAAGCGGAUGGACUUCCUGCUGAAAAAGGGGGGAAAUCCAAGCCGGUAUGGCUUGCUCCAGAUGUUAGUACUGUACCACAAGUGCCUUUGUUUCCUGAUUUGUUGAAGGAUGUAAGCGAGCAGGAUGCCAUUACGUCACCAGAUAGUGAUACGAUGCCAAAAGAAAACGAAAUAAAGACCAGAGAGCACCAGCAAGCGGUAGAACUAUCUCCAGUUGGCACCGAUGGGUGUGACAGUCCUAAACGACAACACCCUGGUCCCUGGUUAGUACCGUCGUCGAACUGUUCUAUUCCCUCAAGCAUUUCAAAUAGCACUGAUAGUGGCAAAAGCAUUGGCACAUUAGAAGGAGAGAUAUAGAAUGAAAAUAUUGCAGCAAGGCAAACAAUUGAGUGGAAACGUCGAUAGUUUAUGUGUAAAACCGGACCGGUUCAAAUACAAAUGUUUUUAUAUG